AUGUUGCAUUUAUGUUCAAAAAACCUCCAGUACUGCACGGAGGCGAUGGCCAUGCCGGAGGUGGUUACUCCGAGACUUAGCCUGCUCCCUCCCCUCGCGCCUCAGCCGGUCCCCGUCCCCGCCCCCUCCCGGGCGGCGGCAGCAGCGCCCAUACAACCGGUGUGGAGAUGUUACCCGCUUCUCACUAGCACCGGUAGGAACCGCCCUUCCAGCACUUUCCUCCUCCCUGCUCCCACUGCCGGGGCCGGCCGGCUUGCGAGGAGGAAACGGGCUGCAGGGCAGUGGCAGACGGAACCGCAGGCGGGGCUCUCAUCCGACUUCAAACCGGCACCGAGCAAGCGGCACCAGCGGGCAGGCAUGGGAGACGGGGGCACCGCCGGCUGCUUUCGGAGAUUCGCCAACUGCCUCUACACCUGCUGUUUGACGGAUGAAAAAGUAAAGACUUACCUUUCACUUCAUACACAUGUACUGGAUGAAUUUGUGGCAGACAGUGUUGAUGUUGAAACACUAGAAAAGUGGCUAAUGAAAAAACACAGCAGGCAAGAUGAUGACUCCUUGUCCAAAGAAACGAAUAGGUACUUGGAAAGCAACAUUCAGGCUGUGGUCUACGAAUUAAAUUCGUACCUAGAACAGCGUCUGGACGUUGGUGGUGGUGACAACAAACUACUAUUGUAUGAAUUGUCCAACAUCAUCAAAACAGCCACCGAUGCUGACACAUUUGCGCUUUAUUUCUUGGGAGAAGGCAGCAAUUCACUAUACUUGUUUACUCCAGUCGGAUUAAAAGAGCAGCGGCUUACUCCUACUGGACAAGUUGGAUAUGGCACCACAAUAGCAUCGUAUGUAGCCAAGUUCAGAAGAACACUCUUAGUAGAAGAUAUUGCUGGGGACAAAAGAUUUCCCAAAGGGACGGGGCUGGACUCAGCAACUCCUAUCCAAUCUGUUCUCUGUUUACCAAUAAUCACUGCCGGCGAUGAAUUAAUAGGUGUUUUGGAAUUACAUCGAUAUUUCGGCAAAGAUCCUUUUGACAUCAACCAACAGAAGGUUGCCACUGCAAAUUUAGCAUGGGCUUUGGUGGCAAUACAUCAAAUCCAGGUGACAAAAGGUCUUGCCAAACAGACUGAAUUGAACGAUUUUCUACUGGAUGUUUCCAAAACCUACUUUGAUAAUAUACUGGCAAUAGAUUCACUACUUGAACACAUUAUGAUGAACGCAAAAAGCUUGGUAAAUGCAGAUCGUUGUGCACUCUUUCAGGUUGACCACAACAAGGGAGAGUUGUAUUCAGACUUGUUUGAUAUCGGUGAAGUGAAAGAAGGAAAACCAGUCUUCAAGAAAACUAAAGAGAUUAGGUUUUCUAUUGAGAAAGGAAUUGCUGGACAAGUAGCACGAACAGGGGAAGCUCUAAACAUUCCUGAUGCCUAUGCAGACCCUCGCUUCAACAGAGAAGUAGACCUUUAUACAGGGUAUACAACACGAAACAUUCUCUGCAUGCCUAUCGUCAGCCGAGGGAUUGUCAUUGGUGUCAUACAAAUGGUGAACAAAAUGAGUGGUAAAGCCUUUACUCAAACAGAUGAGAAGAACUUUAAAAUGUUUGCCGUUUUCUGUGCUUUGGCUUUACACUGUGCAAAUAUGUACCACAAAAUACAACAGUCAGAGUGCAUUUAUCGGGUCACAAUGGAGAAGCUGGCUUAUCAUAGUAAAUGUACAACUGAAGAAUGGCAGAGCCUCAUGAAAUCUACUUUCCCCAGAGCCCUUUGCAAAGAGGUUGAACAAUUCCAUUUUGAUAUCAGCCCCUAUGAGGACCUCUGGCCAAGUAUUUUUAUCUAUAUGAUACAUAGUAGCUGUGGAAAGAACAGCAUUGAUCUGGAAAAACUGUGUCGGUUCACAAUGUCAGUGAAGAAAAACUACCGCCGUGUGCCUUACCACAACUGGAAACAUGCAGUCUCUGUGGCACAUUGCAUGUAUACUAUCCUGCAGAGCGUUCAGGGCACAUUUUCAGAACUGGAGCGAAAAAGUCUCCUUGUGGCUUGUUUGUGUCAUGACCUAGACCACAGAGGUUAUACUAACAGCUAUCUACAAAAGUUUGAUCAUCCACUGGCUGCUCUGUACUCCAGCUCCACAAUGGAGCAGCAUCACUUCUCCCAGACAGUUGCUAUCUUACAGGAAGGGCAUAAUAUUUUCGCCAAUCUGACAGGUGAUGAGUAUGAAAAUUUGCUGGAGAUCAUUCGGAAAGCCAUCAUUGCCACUGAUCUUGCACUACAUUUUGGAAACAGAAAACAGUUAAGUGACCUGCUGCAAGCAGGGGCAUUGAAUAUCAACAAUCAAGCACAUAGAGACAGGGUGAUUGGUCUAAUGAUGACAGCUUGUGAUCUCUCCUCCGUCACCAAAUUAUGGCCAGUUACCAAGGCAACAACCGGUGAUAUAUAUGCUGAAUUCUGGGGAGAGGGUGACGAAAUGAAAAAAAUGGGACUACAGCCCAUACCCAUGAUGGACAGGGAUAAAAAUGAUGAGAUCCCCGAAGGCCAGGUUGGUUUCUACAAUGCUGUAGCCUUGCCUUGUUAUCGUAUACUUGCAGAGAUCUUUCCAGCAACCACUCAUUUGUUAAAAUCUUGCAGAGAGAAUCUUGCUCAGUGGGAGAAGAUAGUACAAUCAAGAGAUGCCUCAGGAACAACUCGAAACCAAAAGUCUCCUUUGAAGAACAGCCCUGUGAAAAUUGAGAACUAAUGGGACCAGUACUCUGAAAUGAAUGCUCCACCAUUGCGUAUGGCUCUGAAUAGAAGAAGAGCCUGUAACUGUUGUUGAUACAGUGACAUUACCUCAUGAAUCCAUGACAACAUAACUCCCUUUCUAGUUGAUUACACUGGACAUUUGGAAAUUUAACAUUUUGUAAGGCAUCAGAUGUGGCUGUUCUAGCAAAUCUGUUGUGUUUGGAAAAUAAUAUGAUUUUUUAAAAAGAAAAUAUUGGCCCUUAACUAUAUAUUGUAUUGCUGUGGCCUUAAUAUACUUCUAAACAGGGAGGUACUUUCCAUGCAAUCAUAUGCUAGGUGUAGCAUUUGCAGUGGUACUGAAAUCAUUAUUUUCAUUAUAGGUAGUUUAUAUAUCAGUAUGAAUGUUGGUAGAAGAUAUACAGAGUGUGUAUGUGUAAAUAUAUGUAUAUAUACACACACAGUAUAUAUAUAUAUAUAUGUAGGAUGUUGCAUUGUAGUAGCCGUAGUCUGAGUGACAAAUAUUGUUAAAUUAUUACUUGAACUGAUGACAGCAUGUAACAGAAGUGCAAAUUGCAAAAAAAAGACAUCUUUCAGUCAUCUUAGAAUUAUUUCCAACUUAGAACAGUAAAAGGAAUUUGUUGUCAGAUUUCUGUUGGGGCUGUAAAUGAAUGCAAGUCAAUGGGAUAAAGAAUUUCUUUAUAGGAAAGACAGAAUGAUGCACUGUUUUUUUCUUGUCCUGUAACAAGCUGGUUUAGACAUUCAUUUACUUCAUUUAUUUGAGUAGUAGCUGUGAUGAGCAGGUUUUAUGGUGAAGGUGCUCUAAAUUGGAUAAAAUUUUGAUAAACUUGACAUUGAUAAUCUGAAAUAACAACCCUAAUAUUUUCCCCAUAUCUAAACAGCAGUGUAUAAUGAUUAGCAGAAAGAACAAGACAACAGUAACUAUUCAGUAAAAAGUUUGACAAGGUCUCAUGAAGAUUGUAAUUUCAUUUUGUUUUUCCUUUUGAUUUUUAAAUGGGUGAAGUGAGUGAGAGAUGAGAAGUGGGAAUUUAUCUGCUUACCAAAUGUGGUAAACUCUUGAAUUUCCGACAUUUCUUUCUUGAAUUCUUGAAUGCGGCCUUCUAUGUAUUAGCGAGACCCGACGCAGACUGGGAGAUCGUUUCGCUGAACACCUACGCUCUGUCCACCAGAGAAAGCAGGAUCUCCCAGUGGCCACACAUUUUAAUUCCACGUCCCAUUCCCAUUCUGACAUGUCUAUCCACGGCCUCCUCUACUGUAAAGAUGAAGCCACACUCAGGUUGGAGGAACAACACCUUAUAUUCCGUCUGGGUAGCCUCCAACCUGAUGGCAUGAACAUUGACUUCUCAGACUUCCACUAAUGCCCCACCUCCCCCUCAUACCCCAUCCGUUAUUUAUUUAUUUAUUUAUUUACACACAUUCUUUCUCUCUCUCUCUCUCUCCUUUUUCUCCCUCUGUCCCUCUCACUAUACACCUUGCCCAUCCUCUGGGCUUUUCUCCCCCUCCCCCUUUUCUUUCUCCCUAGGCCUCCUGUCCCAUGAUCCUUUCAUAUCCCUUUUGCCAAUCAACUGUCCAGCUCUUGGCUCCAUCCCUCCCCCUCCUGUCUUCUCCUAUCAUUUCGGAUCUCCCCUUCCCACUUUAAAAUCUCUUACUAGCUCUGUUUUCAGUUAGUCCUGACAAAGGGUCUCGGCCCGAAACGUCGACUGUAUCUCUUCCUAGAGAUGCUGCCUGGCCUGCUGCGUUCACCAGCAACUUUUAUGUGUGUUGCUUGAAAUUCCAGCAUCUGCAGAUUUCCUUAUGUUUGUGUUUUUAAAUUCUUGAAUUUACAGGUUUGUAAUACAUUAUAUCAUAGGACAGAUGUCUUGAUACAGAAAACACAGAUUGACACUCAUGGGUGUCCUACAGUGAACACUGAUACAUCAGCUGAAUCAACAUAUUGCCACUGAUAACUGUUGUUGAAUUGAACUCCAGCCAGAAGAAUCAAUGCUGUUGUACCUUUCAGUAGUUCCUACUCCAGAAUAAGUAACUGGAGAAAAGUUUGGUAUUUGGAAAAGGAAAACAUGAAAAUAUCUGACAGGCACAAGGUAGUAAGGUAUCUGACAACUAAGCAAACGAGCAUAUUAAUGUGACAAUGGUUGUACAGAUUUUUUGCAGGAGCAAAUAAUCUUUUUUACUCCGUGAAUCGCUCACCAAAUAUUGUUCAUUACCAUACGUCACUUCUGAAUAAUGAAAUUACUGAAAACCAUUCAGUAACCAAAAAUGAAAUGAAAAAUGAAUCUUGCCUUUAAAGGUUUAGAAAUAAUUUGCACAAUGUAAGUUACACUAUGAGUACCUCAGCAAAUCUGUGGAGUAAGAUUUCCAAGUAGCCAAAGCUGUGAAGCAAAGGCUUUAGGCAUAUACUGUCAUGCUUUUUUGACUGAAGUAGGAUGUGUGAUUGCUAGAACAUUCCCAAUGAUUGAAAAAUAUUGGUAAUAUGAUCUUGCAUUCUCAUGCUACAUUUGCUAGGCAAAAAUAAAUAAUGCAGGGGAAGAGUAAAUGGGAAUUCUAUCAUGCAUAACAGACCCCUUGUAUAAAUGUUUUUAAAUCUUUCAAUCUACUUCUACACAUUGAUUGUUCCACUUAUAAUAUCUGAAUGUUUAAAACUUCCAAAAUUGAAUUAUCCAAAUUGGCAAAACAUUGAAUGCAUUUAACUUCAUUUGCUUCCCUAAUAUCAAUUAUAAAAUCAUACUGUACCAUAGAACUGAUGGACCUUUUCAAGUAAUUCUAAUAUUGCAGUAUGUUGCACUAGUCUACUCAGAAUGCUGUCAAUCUUGUUGGCUCUAGUUUCUUCUGGAAGUUUUAAAUCUAUUUUUUGCACUCUUUUAUUGUACUUAAUGGAAUGCUUUGUGUGCAUGUAAUAUGUGCAAACUGGAACUUCAUAACAUAUUUCUUCUCAUGCCUGCUGCCCAAGCAGCUUCAACGUCACCUGUAAAUAUAAGUAAAUGCUGACUAAUUGUCCUCUUUAGCUUUAUUAUAAAAUGUAAUGUUUCAGUGUAACAAAUGUUAAUAUUUAGACAAUUGUUUACUCCAAGUGAUUUGGUUAUGUACAUUUACAAUACAGAAACAUAACAGUUAUUGUAAAUUAAUUUGUACACAGUAUAGUAUGUUGGUUCAAAAAGUCCAAAGUUUUGGAUGGGCUUUUCUGUUAGAAGUAUUUCCAGAGUAGAUACAUGUUGACUAGUAACAGGACAUACUCUGAAGAAGUGAAAAUGGUAAAAACUGCAAGUGCAAUAAUUUUGAGGUGUCUUAACUUCCAGUUUAUAAAUUAUAAAUAUUGUACAUGUUCUGUAAGUUUUCUUGUCUCUUCAUUUGCAGUCUUUGUAUUA